AUGGCGCCCGCGCCGCCCCCGCCCUUGAGCGCCCCGAAUGGCCACCCCGGCCCUCAUCCGUCUUUCAUCGAGCUCGCCAAGCCCUAUGUCUUUCAGCAGAAACUCGAGCGCUUCCUCACCACCAUCGGCAUGUCCGAGGCCAAGGAAGAUGGCAUCCGGUUGCAGGGUGUCCAGCUGAUUGAUAGCGUGCGCAAGGCCGUGCAGCUACCGGUGCGGACGUACAACACCGCGGUUGUCUACUAUCACAAGUUCCGCCUCGUGCACUCGGAUAACGAGUACAAUUUUAUGGAAGCCGCGCUGGGAGCUCUCUUCACGGCGUGCAAGAUCGAAGACACGCUGAAAAAGUCGAGAGAAAUCAUCUGCGCGUCGUUCAACCUGAAGCUCCCUCCGGCGGAGCACCUCACUCCGGAUGAUCCUCAACUGGAGCAACCAUCAAAAGUCAUCAUCGGCCUCGAACGCUUGAUGCUUGAGAGUGCAGGGUUCGAUUUCCGGAACAGGCAUCCGCAGAAGCUUGUCAUCAAGCUCGUGAAAGCUUGCGGGUUUGCCAAAGAAAACGUAGGCAGGACAGCCUACAGCAUGUCACUAGAUCUUUACCGCACCUUUGCUCCGCUAAAGCAGACGACCCCGGCCAUGGCUAUCGCCUGUGUCGAGCUUUCAGCACGUCUUUGCAGAGCCAACAUGACUCUCGUCACGGGCGAGCAGGGCAUCGACUACGCAAGAUGGCACGUCAGCCGGGCCGAAGUCAUGGAAACAAUGAUGGACCUGCUCGACCUGUACACGCACCACCGGCCCAACAGCCUAAUCGGGCCCUCCUACUCCCUCGACACCUUCAUCAACGUCCGCCUCGCCCUCAACCAAGAAGCCACCGCCAAAAGCCUGCCGCGCUACACGGAGACGCAGCCCGCCCGGCCCUCGGCGACCAACGGUAGCGGCAGCGGCGGCGGCGGCGCAAGGCCCGCCAACGGCGGCAGCGCCAGCCCUUUUGCCCCGCAGCAGCAGCCCAUCUCGGCCAUUGGCAGCCGCGGCCUCGGCGGCACCGUCCGCUUCAUGAUUGAUGCGCGGCGCGCGCGCGACGAGAAGACCUCGGUUGCGGAUUUCUUCAAGGACGAGGAGGAGGAGUACGAGGUUGAGGUGGAGGUGGAGACGCCGCCGAGGCGCGGGGGGCGCUGA